AAACUCACUUUAAAUAAUACACGUGCGCAGGCGUACAGAAAAUAAACAAUUACGUAAUCGACUGCUCAUUAACAACGAACACACCCAUCGCCAGGCCGGGAGAAUGAUUGAGCGUGUGAUUGGCACGCGUAUUGAAUCUUCCUUUUCUCUUCCUUCACCACACAAGUCAUUGCAUCUUCUUUCCUGUUGAUCUGAUAUCUCCCACUUUUGUGAGAUCCUCUGUCAUCAGGAAGAAGAGUAAAGAUGUAUCUCGCCCGUGUUUUGCCUGUGCCGGUAGGCGAUGAAGUGGUGGAAUUAUCCUUGGACGAUCUUCCGAGCGAUAUUGAAGAUUAUGUUCAAGUUUUACGAGAAGAACGUUGUUCGGCAUCUUUUUGGUUGAAAUUGGCGAGCGAAUGUGGUGCACGCAAAAGAUUACAAGAUUGUGAAGCUGUCUUGCUAAGUGCAAUUCAAACUUUGACAACCGUUCCUCCGCCAGAUAUGCAUCAUUAUCGAAGUCAACAAGCUAUCGCAGAAGAAAUUGCUCCUUUUCAUGCAAUGCUUUCUACAUUGCAAUUGGGAAAGGCAAGACAGUUACCAAAGAUGCUCAUCAGAGAUGCUAAAUAUCAAAACCUCACCCUCAGCCAACCAGGCAUCCAACCAAAAGAUCAAUGGAUCUCAGCUGCAGCAAUGCAUUCCAAUGCGAUCGCCUUUCCGCCUCCCCCUACAAAAGGAUCCGAUCCAAGCCGACAACCAGUCUCACUUCGCUCCAAUAUGUCCUUGGGACGUGCAAUCUAUUUGCUCGCCGCAGGUAAAACGGAUGAUGCAUUAAAGACUUUUGACGUCGUUCUUCAACGACAAAGUCGCAAUCCAAUUGCUCUGCUGGGAAAAGCAUGCUGUCUUCUUCGUAAAAGGACAUACGUGGCUUCUUUGAAAUUGUAUCAAGAAGUUUUGGCAAUCAGUAUUGCUCAAACAGCAUCGGCAGCCGGAGAAUCUGCCAUCGUUGGACCGGAUGGAGAAUUGGUGGAAAGUCAAGCACACAAAUGGCUUGGCCCGGAUCCUCGUAUCGGAAUAGGUCUAUGUUUGCACGGAAUGGGUCGUAUCAACGAAGCACAAAGAGCAUGGGCUCGUGCGGCUGUUGUCAAUCCGUCAAAUCCUUCUUCUCACUUACUCUUGGGCUUGUCAAAAACAAACAUGGCAAAGCAAAUGUCCGCCAUUGAUGCAGCAACUUUGGCAAGUUAUGAUGGCUCAGAAUCUGCCGCUCGUGCUGCUCUUUACAAGGAGGGUAUCGCACACAUACAGACAUCAUGGAAGCUGGAUAACAAAUCAGCAAUGGCAGCAGCUGCUCUGGCUGAGCAUUUCUGUGUUCGUGCUACAGAUUUGGGCAUGACAGACAAGGUAAAGGCUGAGCAAGAAUUCGAACGAGCUCUCAAAUUGGCCGAACAUGCUAUCCAGUAUGCAGACAACUUAGCUGCCGUCAAUCAAGCCAGAUUGACAUUUGCACGUACGGCACAUCUGUAUAGCUAUUUGGACGAGACCAGUACGGCAACCAUUGAAUUGAGAGCGCAAGCACAAAGAUAUUAUUCUCGAGUAGCAGAAGAUCUGGGACGCACUACAUCCAAUCUCGACUCGACAUCAUUGAAUCAAGGACAUGCUUUGGCCGUAUUGGGUCUGACACAAUUACAAGCUUCGCGUGGUGAAAUUUUAGGUGCAAUGAAUACGGCUGAGACUAUUCUUGCCAGACCUGCUUCCGUUUCUUCGGCUUGCAUAGAGUUAUCUCUCUUUGCUGCAUCCUUGCGAGCUCACUCUCACCCCGGUGCCACUGCUGUAGAACGCAUUUCAGACCGACAAAGGGCUCGCUUGAUCCUUGAGCGUACGAUGCGCAGUAUUGGAGCAUGUGCUCUGUUGAGCGGUGUUGAAGAUGACCUAGAUGACGGUCUCAAAGUGGUGGACGAAUUGAUCUCUCAAACAGAAGGUACGACUCCUUCUAGUGCCACUGAAGCCGCAGAUCUUGCAUUUGCUCGAACAGCGUUGGCAAAGGAGAAUCUGGGUAUGGAAUCACUUCGAGAUCUUGCAAGAUUAGCGGAAGAUGAAUCGAAUUUCAUUCAAUUGGCUGAUCUGUUCCGGGAUGUAAACAGUGGAACUCCAGACUUCCUUCGCUCUGCGGGCGCUCUACUCUCGGCACUCAAAGCCAUUCGUCGACGUAAGCAAGAUGUCGGUCAAGAUGGCUUGGAAUCCGCUGUUGACGCUGGGGAAAGAGAAAGCUUAGCUUUACGGUUACGGGCAAAUUUGGGUGCAACAUUGGCAAUUCGAGGAAUUGAAUAUCUUGGCGAAGACCCCUCUUACAUUACCAAUGCAAUCACACAAUUGCAAGAAACUCUCAAUUUGGCAGCCAAAGCCGUCUCCACGAACAAUCUUGAUGCUGAGAAAACUGUCACUCUGUUCAACUUGGGUCGUACAUUGGAAGCUUCUCUAAAUUUGGAAGAUGCUCAAAAGGCAUACGAGGCAGUUCUGGCAACACAUCCAGAGUACGUGGACGCAAAAGUGCGUCUAGCAUUAUUAACAGUUUGCAAACCUCAAGCAAGAGGUAAUCGUGAGGCUACCCAUUUAGGCAAUACAUUGCUCAAAGAAGCUUUAUCGUCCGAUCCAGGAAAUCUGGAUACGAGGAGUGCUUAUGUUUGCUUCCUUGCAGGAGAUUUGCCUGCAAGUCCAAACCCACCUCAAUGGAACGGUAUCAAAGAAACAAUUGCACAAGUAUUCAUGGGACCGAAAUCGGAACAAGCAGUUCGAAUUUUUGGCUCUGAAGAAGUUGCAAAGCGUGUGGGUGAUGAAGCCAGACAUGAUGCUUUUACAUUGGCAUCUUUGGCAUGGGCUUACUACAACCUAGGACACAGCGUUCAAUCCGGCAAACCAAAUUCUGCAGAAGAGAAACAACGUGCCCUUUUACGAUGCAGUGAUCUGCUGGACAAAGCCUUGACGGAGGACAGCCGUUGUGCAUUUGCUGUGCAAGGUAUGGCUGUCUUAUCGGCGGAAGGUACUUUGAUCGAUCUUUCAUCGCCCGAAGGUGUUCCUGACAUUGAUUCGAAGCGUAAGCGUGGUGCAGAAGAUGCGAUCAAUAUGCUUACUAAACUGCGAGAAGUGAAUGAUGAUGCUAGCGUUCAUAUUUGCACUGGACAUGCGUAUAUGGUUCGCGAAGAUUAUGAACGUGCUCUCAGAUCGUACGAGUUGGCCGCAAGACGUUCUAGAGUGCAAGAAGUAGACGAAGAAAAUGCAGCUGCCUCUUCUUUGCUCUCUGCCAAACCUUCUUUGUUGCAAUACCUAGCGCGUGCAUCCUUCCUUUUGGGAAUGCAAAACAAAUCGUACGUAAUGCUAAAGUCUUCUAUCGAAUAUCUGCAACAAGCCUUGAAGCAACUACAAGAAAGAGCAAGUUCCGGUGCGAUGAUGGAAGGAAAGUUUGUUCGAUACAAUAUUGCUGUGACACGACACAAGGUAUUGCAAAUGUUAUUUGAUCUUCCUUUGGAAGAGCGUCAAUUGAACAUCUUACAAGAAGCAGCUGAUGGUAUUGCUGAAGCGCAAGAAACCUUUAAAGAAUUGUUGCCCGACGCUCAAGCGAAGAGGUUGCAUCACGUCGGUGCUGAAGUUGUCGAACAGCGCAUCUUGUACGGAGAAUCAUCGUUGAAACGAUCGGCACAAAAGAACAUCGAAGAACAAAAAGCAUACGAAGAUCGUGUCCAAAGUGAAAGGGAUGCAAUCGCUGCUCGUCAACGUGAACGACAAGAAGCCGUUGAACGUGAAUUGAUGGAACGUGAAGCGCAAAGACGACAACACGCAGAAGAGAUUGAAGAAGAACGUAAACGAAGAAAUGAAGAAAUUCGAGCAUGGGAAUACGUAGAAGUGGAAGAGGCCAAGAAGAAAUCCAGUGGACCACGUUCGACUGCAAACGGAUCUCGAAAGAAGAAGAGUAAAGGACGUCGUAAGAUGGAUGAAGGUGGUAGUGAGAUCGAAAGUGAAGAUGACGAUCGAGGAAGUCUUCUUGAUUCGGACGACGGAAUGGUCGUGGAUGAUGAUGCUGAAGUUGAACAAGGUGAAUUCAGCGAUGAAGAAGUAUUGGGUAAAGUGGUCGAUUCGGGGGAAGAAGAUGAAGGCAAUGGAGAAGCAAAUGGCGAUCGACGUGCCAAAUUGAGAGAUUUAAGUCGAAAACGUGCAGGAGCAAAUGGCGAAAAGAAGAAGAAAAGCAGAAGCAGUGCUGCAAAAAGUGAGAAAAGAUCUCGCAAAUCACGUCCUCGUGUGGGUAGUGAAGAUGAAGGUGGUGACGAAGAUGGCGAUGAAGAUAGUCGACCAUCAAAGAAGCCAAAGAAAGGACGCAUGCGUCGUGCAGUUGAAGAAGAUUUGAUCGAAUCAGAAGAAGAAGUUUGAUGCAUGGAUAUGUACUAUACCAUUAUACAAAAAAUAUGCUAGACCU